AUGGAAGAGGGCAUCCUGGAGACACAGAACUUCAAGGGAGAAGCCCUUGUGGUCUACCACGUGAGCAAGUUCACCGGCACCCAUGAUACAGGAGAUCCAGUUUACGAGGCAUGCCGCGAUCUGGACGGAAGAGUCAGAGUACUUGGACAUCGGAACUGGAGAAUACGCUGCGAGGCGGCUGUCUGGCAGAAGGAAGGCUUCAACGUCAAGGACAGAGCCAAGAAGUUUCCGUGUGUUGAAAUAGGCAACCUUUGGGAGUACACUUCGUCAACUCCCAUGUCUUGGUUUAUGGACAUCCAAGAAGUAAUACGCAAGCACGUGGGCGAACAUAUCAAAGAGCCGUUCGUGAAGGUCGAGCCCUCGGAAGGUCAAGCCACGAUUUGGUGUAAAGGUGCUCAGGACGCCAUGAAGCUGGCCUCUCUAAUGCAGAAGAGUUACUUCAUGGGCCGCAAGGUCGUAGCUUCUCUAUGCCGAAAAGCAAAGCCAGUCUCGGAGCUUCUUCCUAGAGUUCCACAACAUCUUUCGCUCAAGACCCCUUCUAAUGCAACGGCUGUGAACGAGAUCGCGAUUGCACCUGGUAAGCUGGCGCCGGAAGUCGCCGCGGCCAUAAGGAAGCAAGCAGAUGAGCUGGCCAAAGCAGCCAGCCCCAAAGACGAACACGUCGAGCCUGCUGAGGCUCCAGUGGCUGGCCCUUCCUUUCUUCUACGGGAAGGAUGCGCAGUUGUCUUGAAAGGCUUGGUCUCCAAGCCAGAAAACAACGGCAAGAGAGCCACCAUUGUGCGGUAUCUCGAUGACCAACAGAAAUACCAGGUGAGCCUGGAGGGCCGGUUUGUGAAGCUGAAGCCGGAAAACGUGGAGGCUGUGGAGGACGCAAUGCCAAAGCGCAUACCUAAAGUGCUGGAGCAAGAUGAGGAUGAAGAUGCUGACGAUCUGGAGAUCGAAGCCAAUGCACAGGCUGGUGCAAGCGAGCUGGCAACUGUUGGGCUGAAGCCUGCAGAUCCGGAUAAGCCAGAGGAUUUCACAGCGUCAGCUGCUGGCAUGGUUUUGAGAGGUUGUUUGCAUGGUGCAAGUGCAAUGAGUCCUGUGACAGGACGGUAUGUGUUGAUCCUUCAUUAUUGCCCAAGAAGGAGAACGAGGACGUCGAGCAAGAAAGGGGACGGAGCAGGUCGCGCGAGCGGUGGCGACAAGAGAAAACGGAAGCAAUUGCUGCACGCGUGGAAGCCAGCAAGGCAGAGGGAACGCGUUGCGGAUGGGUUGUCUCUGGUCCACCACCCGAAGUAG